UUGAUAGUAGUUGUUAUGGGCAUGUGAAGCAGUGAAGAGUGUGUGAUGUGAUAGAAUUCAAGCCAAUCAAAAAUUCCCAUAUCCCCUUUUUCUUUUUGCAUGAACCAUUUUCAGUCAAAUUCAUAACAAUUUCAUUUCCUCUCCCUCUUCACACAUACAAUAUUCAUUUCACCAUUUUGUUGCCACAUUCAGCUCACAAAAAAAUAGUUUAGUACCUCAGCUUGUCCAUACCUAUUCUGUAGGGGUAAAUGCACAGCCCAUUUAGAAGAAUUAUUCAGAAGUUUCUCUCUUGUUUUUUUCUUGUAUCAAAAACCGACCAUGCUUAUGCUACAUUGAGUAUUCCCUUUUAAUUUUUCUGCUUUCAGAUUCAAGAAAAGUCCAAAACUUAAGUCAAAAUUUCUUGGCUGUCUGUUAGCUGUUGUUUCUUUCUUACUUCAUACUCUAUAUCUUUUAGCUGUUCUAUCUUCUUACUUCAUAUACUCAAAUCUUGUCCAAAACAGAAUUAAGUAGGGUAAAAAACCAGAAGAAUGAGGAACACGUCAUCAUCAACAACAUCAGCAAAUGAUGUGAUGAUGGAAAUUGAAGCAAGUAAACCACAAGGUCAUGGUAUUGUUGUAGGUGGAUUAAGUCCUUUAAGUGAAACAUUAUGGAAAGAAAAAACAAACACAGAGUUUAUCGGAGAUGUUUCGGCUCGCUUAGCUUGGAAAGAUCUGACUGUAAUGGUUACUCUUAAUAAUGGAGAAACACAAAAUGUUUUAGAAGGACUUACUGGUUAUGCUGAACCUGGUUCUUUUACUGCUUUAAUGGGUCCUUCUGGUUCUGGCAAAUCUACACUUCUUGAUGCCUUAUCUGGUCGUCUUGCUGCUAAUGCUUUUCUCUCUGGACGAAUUUUACUCAAUGGUCGUAAAGCUAAUCUUUCUUUUGGAACUGCUGCAUAUGUAACACAAGAUGAUACGUUGAUUGGAACUUUAACAGUUCGGGAGACAAUAUCAUACUCGGCUCAACUACGGCUACCUGAUCGGAUGCCGUGGUCGGAGAAACGGACGCUGAUUGAAAGCACUAUUAUUGAAAUGGGACUUCAAGAUUGUGCUGAUACAGUUAUUGGAAACUGGCAUUUGCGUGGUAUAAGUGGAGGUGAAAAAAGGAGAGUUAGUAUUGCUCUUGAGAUUCUCAUGAGACCUAGAUUGCUCUUUCUUGAUGAGCCAACUAGUGGUCUUGACAGUGCUUCGGCUUUCUUCGUUACACAGACGUUGCGUGGACUGUCCAGAGAUGGAAGAACUGUGAUAGCUUCAAUUCAUCAGCCGAGUAGUGAAGUAUUUGAGUUGUUUGACAGAUUAUAUUUGCUUUCUGGAGGCAAAACAGUUUACUUUGGUCAGGCUUCUGAAGCAUAUGAGUUUUUUGCACAAGCUGGAUUUCCUUGUCCUGCUCUGAGAAAUCCAUCAGAUCAUUUCCUACGGUGUAUUAAUUCUGAUUUCGACAAAGUUAAGGCAACUCUAAAAGGGUCGAUGAAGCUACGGUUUGAGUCCAAUGAGGAUCCUCUUGACAAAACAACAACAGCUGAAGCUAUACGCACUCUAGUUGACUAUUAUCGUCGUUCUCAGUACUCUUACUCAGCUAACGAAAGGGUUGAAGAGAUGUCGAAAGUUAAAGGAACAGUGCUGGAUUCUGGAGGAAGUCAGGCUAGUUUCUUCAUGCAGUCCUUCACCUUAACCAAACGUUCCUUUGUUAACAUGUCAAGAGAUUUUGGUUAUUACUGGUUGAGGCUUGUUAUCUACUUAGUCGUCACUAUCUGCAUUGGAACUAUCUAUCUUAAUGUCGGAACCGGUUACAGUUCCAUCCUGGCAAGAGGAGCAUGUGCAUCAUUCGUCUUUGGAUUUGUGACAUUCAUGUCAAUUGGAGGAUUCCCUUCUUUCGUUGAAGAUAUGAAGGUUUUUCAAAGAGAGAGGAUGAAUGGACAUUAUGGUGUUACUGCAUUCGUCGUGAGCAACACCUUAUCCGCGAUGCCAUUCCUGAUAUUAAUCACGUUCCUCUCAGGCACUGUCUGCUAUUUCAUGGUCCGUUUACACCCGGGCUUCACACACUAUUUGUUCUUUGUGGUGUGCCUCUACGCGAGUGUCACUGUUGUCGAAAGUUUGAUGAUGGUCAUAGCUAGUAUUGUCCCUAAUUUCCUCAUGGGAAUUAUUAUAGGUGCUGGAAUUCAGGGAAUAUUUAUGCUUGUCUCUGGUUACUUUAGACUCCCCAAUGACAUCCCAAAGCCUUUCUGGCGUUACCCGAUGUCUUACCUCAGUUUCCACUUCUGGGCACUACAGGGGCAAUAUCAAAACGAUUUGAUGGGGUUGGUGUUUGAUAACACGAGUCCUGAUCUUCCAAAGAUUCCAGGUGAAUUCAUACUAGAACAGAUAUUCCAGAUCGAUCUGAACAGAUCAAAAUGGAUAGACGUAAGUGUCAUCUUCGUCAUGAUAAUCACUUAUCGAAUCAUCUUCUUUAUCAUGAUCAAGAUCAAUGAGGAUGUCACGCCUUGGAUUAGAGGUUACAUUGCCAGAAGAAAAAUGCAGCAGAAAAAUGGGAAUCAAAAACAGACUAUUGCACCUUAUGGUCUCACUCAAUCACCCUCUCUUAGGGCCUAUGUGGGAAAUAACCAUGGAUCAAAUAGCAAUCGUCACUAGAUAAAGUGAGGCAUAGUAAUGUUAACUAAUAAUGUUAAAAAGACCCCCCAAAAAAUUGAAAGGCUUAUUAUUCGUUACUACAAAAAUUUGUAUCAAAUUAUAUACGAGGAGAUGGUAUUUUUUUUAUUUUCCAUAUUUAACCAUUCUUCAGCUUGGUGCUUUAAAUAUAUGCUAGUAUGAAUUAUCAACUGUCAAA